AUGGAACCUGAUGAGACCACGGUGAGCCAGGAUGUCAUCGACGAGAGAACCCAGACGUCUACGCCUCCAUUGCGGAUGGGUAUGGGAGACAUCGCCACAGCCGAAGACGUUUUCCGCAACCACCGCCGCCUGGUCGAUUGGGUCCUUGAGAAUGAUGGUUACUUGCACCCGCACGCUCAGAUCGCUUUCAGCUCGCGUAAGGGGUACCAUGGUGUUGUCGCUGACGGGCAAUCUCUCGUGAGCGGAACCCGUGUCGCCAGUUGCCCGAUGCCAAUCACAUUGUCGGUGCUCAAUGCUUUCGACAUCGCCCCGUUCUCGAAUCAUGGCACGAGCUUCCCCACACCUUUCCUGUACAAUCUGUCCACAAACCCUGAGCCUCUGCAAGCUUUCUUUCUGAUGGAGCAACUGAUCCUCGGAGACAAGUCUUGGUGGGCUCCCUACAUUGCUACAUUGCCGAGCGUGGAAGACGUCACCGCGAUGCAAUUUGAGGAGGAAGCGGAUCUCAUCUGGCUGGAGGGAACCAAUCUCAAAAGCGGGCUCUCGACGCAAGCUGCCAAAUGGAAGGGCAUGUAUCUACGAGGCUCGACACAUUUGAGGGAACUGGGCUGGCCCAGCGCGCUGAACGGGUCCUAUACAUGGCCUCGCUUCCGCUGGGCGGCUACAGUGUUCGGCAGCCGCUCUUUCACCUCACAGGUGCUUGAUGCAACCCUUCCGGCAGAUCUUGCGACCAUUCACCGCCGACAACAUCCGUACGACCUGGUCAAGCUCUUUGGAGACCAUUUCGGCGUGCUACUACCACUCCUUGAUCUCCUCAACCACAAGCCCGCCGCCCAGGUCGAAUGGCAAGCCCACUACCAUUUUGUCGGGCUCCAGAUCCUCGAACCCUAUGAAUCGGGGCAAGAGCUUUACAACAACUACGGCCCCCGGGACAACGAGGGUCUUCUUCUGGCAUACGGGUUCACCAUCCAACACAACCCGUUCGAUCACUUUGUCGUCAGCAUCAAACCGCCGCCUGACUCGCCUUUAGACGUGGCUCGCCGGACCUGGAAACAGGACAUCAGAUCGGACCCUGAAAGAAGAUGUUUCCUCUUCAACCACAAACAUCCCGAGUCGACAUCCGCACUGUCACUGGAGUCGUCGCUCUUCUCGUUCGACCUGUUGGACAGUAUUUCGAUUCUGUGCGCCAACGACCGUGAGAUGCAGAGCAUGAUGACUGAAAACCGAUCGUUGAUGAGCUCCUGUCUUACCGACGAGCCCCGUUUCCAAGACCGCCGCAUUAUCCUGGCGACCUUGAGCCAACUCCUGAGAGAAUGCACUGCUCGCGCCGAGAGACUGAGAAACACAGACCCCCGUCAAACAAUUCACGGUUGGAAGGCUGCUAAUUCGAAACAACACAACGCCUUGAUCUACCGAGAAAGUCAGCUGGAGAUCGUUGAAACAGCGGUUGCACUCUGCGAAUUCGUGCUGAAAUGCGCCAUUCGUGGAACCACCGCCGCCGAACAGAUGUCGACCAGUGUACGAGACCAUGUCUCAUCUUCUGCAUUGGCGAAUUUGAAGGUUCUGAGUAAACGCCACGUUCGGCUUACUCGGCCGUGUGAGCUGCUCAGUCUGGAUGACCUGAUCGAGAUGAUCCCCAACCCAGCACGUGUCCGAAAAUGCUUGCUUAACUUGAGCCAACAAUACCAAGGCAACGCGGAUGUCCAGGGGCCACUAGACUUCCUCAAAGGUCAACUUGCGGUCACUCUCUCCGCGCUUUACAGUGAAUAUGCUCACGGCGUCAGGCUUCCGCACAGAAUCACAGAAUGGGUCAAGCAGUUGAUCACAUGGUAUCCACCGGAUAGUGACUCCUGGGGCUAUGUACCGACUCCUGGCCCUUGGGCGCCCGGAGAAGAACCCCCGGCCGGACUGAUGGACCUUCUUGCCGCCCGAGCUGCCCUCUCUCCGACGAUCGCAGUGGAGUCGAGCGUCAAGCGAUGGCUGAGACCCGAGAGGAUCUGCUGGGGAUGGAAUGUCAUGGAGGAAGAGAAAGUGAUUGUCCCGUCAUAUCUUUGCGACGCAGCCUCCAAGGAAGCGAGAGAUGACAUAUCAUACCUGAUCUACUGGCAGCUGUACUAG